UGUCAGUUUGUGCUCGGUAUAAAUACACGCAGCUGCACGUGCAGGACGGUCACGCUCGCCGCGGUGUACUUUAACAGGAAGGGGCGGCGGGAAGGAGGAGCCGCUGCUGCGGUACAACUUUAAGUUUCCCCGCUGCAUUUCCUCGUCUUCCCCCUCACUGUCCUGCCCUGAUCCGGCUCACACUUCUCUGCGGGACGGUAAACUAACAGAAAGCCCCCAAGAUGUACCGGUAUAUCGGAGAGCUACUCACCCGGGGAGCGGGCAGUGUCCUGGCCUCGGGCUGCUCCGCCGCCGCUGCCGCCGCUGACUCGUCUCUCCCGGCUUCCGCGUCCCUGCUGCGGUACCGCAGCUACAGCCAGGCCGUGGACCGGGACGACGACCCCAACUUCUUCACCAUGGUGGAGGGCUUCUUCGACCAGGGAGCCGCUAUCGUGGAGGACAAGCUGGUGGAGGACCUGAAGACCCGGGAGAGCCCCGAGCAGAAGAGGAAGAAGGUCCGCGGGAUCCUGCGGAUCAUCAAGCCGUGUAACCACGUCCUGAGCGUCAGCUUCCCCAUCAAGAGGGACAGCGGGGAGUGGGAGGUGAUAGAGGGCUACCGGGCUCAGCACAGCCAGCACCGGACGCCCUGCAAGGGAGGGAUCCGUUACAGUACAGACGUGUCUGUGGACGAGGUGAAAGCUCUGGCCUCGCUGAUGACGUAUAAAUGUGCCGUCGUCGAUGUGCCGUUUGGUGGAGCCAAAGCCGGAGUGAAGAUUAACCCGAGGAAUUACUCUGACACUGAGCUGGAGAAAAUCACCCGGAGGUUCACGAUCGAACUCGCCAAGAAAGGCUUCAUCGGACCUGGUAUCGAUGUGCCUGCUCCGGACAUGAGCACCGGGGAGCGGGAGAUGUCCUGGAUCGCAGACACCUUCGCCACCACCAUGGGACACUACGACAUCAACGCUCACGCCUGCGUCACGGGGAAGCCCAUCAGUCAGGGAGGGAUCCACGGUCGCAUCUCCGCCACCGGACGAGGAGUUUUCCACGGCAUAGAGAACUUCAUCAACGAGGCGGCCUACAUGAGCCAGCUGGGCAUGUGUCCCGGCUUCCAGGACAAGACCUUCGUCAUCCAGGGUUUUGGUAACGUGGGUCUUCACUCCAUGAGAUAUCUUCAUCGCUUCGGAGCAAAGUGUGUCGGAGUCGGAGAAAUGGACGGAAACAUCUGGAACCCAAAAGGCAUCGACCCCAAAGAGCUGGAGGACUACAAACUGGCCAAUGGGACCAUCGUUGGUUUCCCGAACUCGACGCCGUACGAAGGAAACAUCCUGGAGGCCGACUGUGACAUCCUGAUCCCAGCCGCCAGCGAGAAACAGCUGACCAAGAGCAACGCACACAAGAUCAAAGCCAAGAUCAUUGCAGAGGGAGCCAACGGUCCGACUACGCCUGAAGCCGACCGCAUCUUCCUGGAGAGAAACAUCAUGGUGAUCCCAGACAUGUACCUAAAUGCAGGAGGAGUGACGGUCUCGUACUUUGAGUGGUUGAAGAAUCUGAAUCACGUCAGUUACGGUCGACUCACCUUCAAAUAUGAGAGAGACUCCAACUACCACCUCCUCAUGUCGGUCCAGGAGAGUUUAGAGAGGAAGUUUGGGAAACAUGGCGGCGCCAUCCCUGUCGUCCCCACGUCUGAGUUCCAGGCCAGGAUCUCUGGAGCGUCUGAGAAGGACAUCGUUCACUCAGGUCUGGCCUUCACCAUGGAGCGCUCUGCCAGGCAAAUCAUGAGAACAGCCAACAAGUACAACCUGGGUCUCGACCUGCGGACAGCGGCGUACGUCAACGCCAUCGAGAAGGUCUUCAAGGUUUACAGCGAAGCCGGCCUCAUCUUCACGUAGACGCACCUCCAUCCACCUGUCUGUCUGUCACCUGUCUGUCUGUCUGUCUGUCUGUCUGUCUUCAUCGUCUCUACAGGACUUCUUCACUGACCUUUCGUUGAGGUCGUUCUUCUUCUCUCAUCUGUUUACGAUCAUCUUCUUCUUCUCUCCAUGAAUUGGAGUUGAACUCAGCAGCUUCCUGCUCGUCUCGACCUGAACAUGAAAUCAUCUGAACGCCUUAAACCACAGACACUGUCACAAGCUGCCUGCAUCACAUUAUGUGGACAGAAGUAUGUGGACACCCUCCUUCAUCCAUCCAUUAUUAGGCCAAUGUUUGUCCCCAUGAUUAUUGAUUAUUAAUGAAGGAAAACCAUGAAUCUUAGUUUUAUUCUGGUGAUUCACUGGAUGAUUUGAGGUGUUUUUAUGGAAUCAGACAAAUUAAACCACAGAGAGAAAAUGAAUCAGUUUCACAUGUGAAUAUUUUCAGAUCUGAAGACGUCACCUUCCACUGUGGCAAAUCAUAAAGUCAAUGUUUCACCACAGCUGCAGCUACCCUUUAUUUUCAGACAGUUACAGAUUAUUGGUUAUUGAUUAAUCAUUUAGUAAAUAGUAAAAACAUUUUCAGUUGAAUAUAGAGAAGCAGAAAAUGUUCACAUGUGAGCAGCUGGAACAAAAUGACUGAGAUCAUUAGUUGAUUUUACACACAGUCACCAGUUUUUACUGGUUUUUACUGGUUUAGUUUGAAUCAUUUUUUAAAGGCCUGAAACAUUUAGAAUGAUCCAGUUAUUAUUUCACAAUAAAACAAAUCUUCACGUCAGAGAAGUUGAAAACAGAAAUGAACUCUAAUAAACUGAUUGUGAUCGUUAGUGGUGUCCACAUACUUCUGGCCAUGUAUUCACUGUUUGUCUGUCUCCAGGUGAAGAGCUUGUAUAGAUAUUUUUUUUAUUAUAAUGCACAUGUGCCUCAGGACUUCAGCUUUAAUAUUUACCGCCUUUGGAGAAACGUCAUUAAAGGAGCGUUCCUGUGUUUUUCUGAUGAUGAUGAUGAUGAUGAUGAUGAUAAAACUUCAGUCAGCUGGUCUCACGUUACUUUAAGUUUAGCCGCAUAAAGUAUUUAAUAACUAUCAGGAUGUUUUAAACAAGUAGUUAAUUAGUCAACAAUCAAAAACAAUUUGUAUAUAAUAUUUGGAGACAUUUAAUUUUAUUCCAUGAUUUAUGUUGUUGAUGAUGAUGAUCUGUUUCUCACAGAGGGUCAGAGUCACAUGGCUCCGAUCCUCUUCCCUCCACUGACCUGUUUACAUCUGUUUACAUCUGUUUACAUCUGUUUACAGCUGUUAAUUAUGUUGUUGUUCAUCAGCUAUUUACAGAUCAUCAUCCGUCUGUUACAUGUUUACCUGCUGAUCAACAGGAACCAGAGAAUGGUGGAAUGAACCACUCUUCAUCUUCAUCAUCAUCAGUAAAAUAAAAACCUGGAACGAUCCUUUAACUGUCAUCUCCUCGUUUCGCUGCAGUCAACAGGAAGUUGACUUUAAAUAAAAACUCCUCAGUUUGUGUUUCCUCUGUUCAGACUGUGACACAGUUGUAGCUAAAUGCUAAAUGCUAAAGCUAAAGUUAAUCUAUGCAGUUAAACUGACAGGACUGUAGCUGCCCUGUGACCACUGACACAACAGACUCUGCCUGAUGAGACCAGGUCUCAGAGGGACCAGGUCUCACAGGGUCUUAGAGGGACCAGGUCUCACAGGGUCUGAGAGGGACCAGGUCUCACAGGGUCUGAGAGGGACCAGGUCUCACAGGGUCUUAGAGGGACCAGGUCUGAGAGGGACCAGGUCUCACAGGGUCUGAGAGGGACCAGGUCUCACAGGGUCUGACAGGGACCAGGUCUCACAGGGUCUUAGAGGGACCGGGUCUCACAGGGUCUGACAGGGACCAGGUCUCACAGGGUCUUAGAGGGACCAGGUCUCAGAGGGACCAGGUCUCACAGGGUCUUAGAGGGACCAGGUCUGAGAGGGACUGAGAGGGACCAGGUCUCAGAGGGACUGAGAGGGACCAGGUCUGAGAGGGACUGAGAGGGACCAGGUCUCAGAGGGACUGAGAGGGACUGGGUCUCACAGGGUCUGAGAGGGACUGAGAGGGACCAGGUCUCACAGGGUCUGAGAGGGACUGAGAGGGACCAGGUCUCACAGGGUCUGAGAGGGACUGAGAGGGACCAGGUCUCAGAGGGACUGAGAGGGACCAGGUCUCAGAGGGACUGAGAGGGACCAGGUCUGAGAGGGACUGGGUGGAUCAGACAAACUCAAACUGACUGAACUGUGAUGAAGCUUUAAGUGACUGUCGGGCCCCUGGAUGAACAGCUGAGUCCUCCAGGGGCCACAGACGUCACGUUGAGGAGGAACCCCCCCCACACGCACACACACACACACACACACACACACACACACACACUUCAAGCUGCAGCUCAGACCACUCCGAGUCUCAACAUUUGUUUUUCUGCUGCGCUGCCACCAGAGAAACCCACCUGAGUCCUGAGUCCUCUGACCUCUGACCUCUGACCUCACUGCUGCAGUAACACAGGGACACAGUCAAACCAAGCUGUAGUUUGUGUCCUCCGCUCUGACUGAGGAGUUUUUAAACCUUUUUGUUAAACUGAAAUAAAGAACACAGAAAGUCUGA